AUGGUUUCUUUUUCAUUUGGAAAAUCUUGUACCAUGGUUUGCUUGGUGGUUUUCAUGGCAAUGCUAGCUUAUACGGCUAACGCAAAAUGUUCGUACGAGGCAAUGUUUUCAAUCGGGUCAGACUUCAGGCACGGAGCCAACUUCGCCACGUCAGCAUCGACCGUGCUCCAGCCUCAGACAUCCUUGUUUGUCAAUGGUGUUAGUCCUUUCUACUUGCAAGUCCAAGUCAACCAAAUGAGGCAGUUCAAGUCAAAGGUUGAGGAGUAUAAUACACAGUCAAAAGGACAAACAAAUCUUCCUCAGCCAGAUAUAUUUGGGAAAGCACUUUACACAAUUUACAUCGGUCAGAACGAUUUGACGGGUUAUGCAGGCUCGGGUGGUCCCGGUGGGGUUAAGCAAGUCCAAUCUGAGCUCGUGUCUCAAACCAUUAGCUCCAUUAAGCAACUUUACGACAUUGGAGCUCGCUCGUUUUUGAUCCUCAACAUUGGGCCGGUGGGUUGCUACCCUGCUUUUAUCGUGCAAUUCCCUCACCAGAGCUCCGAUUACGACUCGUACGGAUGCUUGGGCUCGUACAACAAUGCCGUGAACGAGUACAACUAUGCGCUCAAGGACGCGGUCGAGCAAACAAAGCAAGAGCUCAAGGAUGCUAACCUCAUGUAUGUCGACACAUAUUCUGUGCUACAAGACCUUUUCCAGAACCCCACUAGCCACGGAUUGCAACAUGGGACAACGGCAUGUUGCGGAUAUGGAGGCGGGUCGUACAAUUUCAACCAGCAGGUCUAUUGUGGGGCUACAAAAGUGAUCGAUGGCCAGACGGCAACUGCCUCGGCUUGCAGUGACCCUCAGAACUACGUGAGUUGGGAUGGGAUCCACCUAACCGAGGCCGCCAACAAGGCAUUGGCUUACGGGAUCCUAGGUGGCUCUAACCUCAACCAAUAUUGCGAAAUUCAGCCGAUAGAUAUACAAAAGAAAAAAGACAUGGUUUCUUUUUCAUUUGGAAAAUCUUGUACCAUGGUUUGCUUGGUGGUUUUCAUGGCAAUGCUAGCUUAUACGGCUAACGCAAAAUGUUCGUUCGAGGCAAUGUUCGUUUUCGGGGACUCGAAUUCUGAUACCGGAGGCUUUUUCGCCGCUUUCCCAUCUCAACCGUCUCCUUACGGCAUGACCUAUUUCAAUAGGCCGACCGGCCGACACUCCGAUGGGAGGCUCUAUUCAAUCGGGUCAGACUUCAGGCACGGAGUCAACUUCGCCACGUCAGCAUCGACUGUGCUCCAGCCUCAGACAUCCUUGUUUGUCAACGGUCUUAGUCCUUUCUACUUGCAAGUCCAAAUCAACCAAAUGAAGCAGUUUAAGUCAAAGGUUGAGGAGUAUAAUUCACAGUCAAAAGGACAAACAAAUCUUCCUCAGCCAGAUAUAUUUGGGAAAGCACUUUACACAAUUUACAUCGGUCAGAACGACUUGACGGGUUAUGCAGGCUCGGGUGGUCCCGGUGGGGUUAAGCAAGUCCAAUCUGAGCUCGUGUCUCAAACCAUUAGCUCCAUUAAGCAACUUUACGACAUUGGAGCUCGCUCGUUUCUGAUCCUCAACAUUUGGCCGGUGGGUUGCUACCCUGCUUUUAUCGUGCAAUUCCCUCACCAGAGCUCCGAUUACGACUCGUACGGAUGCUUGGGCUCGUACAACAAUGCCGUGAACGAGUACAACUACGCGCUCAAGGCCGCGGUCGAGCAAACGAAGCAAGAGCUCAAGGAUGCUAACCUCAUGUAUGUCGACACAUAUUCCGUGCUACAAGACCUUUUCCAGAACCCCACUAGCCACGGAUUGCAACAUGGGACAACGGCAUGUUGCGGAUAUGGAGGCGGGUCGUACAAUUUCAACCAGCAGGUCUAUUGUGGGGCCACAAAAGUGAUCGAUGGCCAGACGGCAACUGCCUCGGCUUGUAGCGACCCUCAGAACUACGUGAGUUGGGACGGGAUCCACCUAACCGAGGCCGCCAACAAGGCAUUGGCUUACGGGAUCCUAGGUGGCGCUAACCUCAAUCAAUAUUGCGAAAUUCAGCCGAUAGGUUGA